GAAAGUGCUUUAUUUAGAGGAGGCUUAGCAUUGAUUCCAAGAGUGUGUGUUGGUGUGGCAUACACUUUAAAGAGUAGCCACAACAUUAAUAAUAAUAAUACUAAUAAAAGUAGAAGAAUCAUCGUGAUCCAAUAAACAAACCAAGUAUAGAUAGAUGCUCAUCAUCAAUCACAAUAUACAUCUCUAGCGCUCUCACCCCCACCUCACGCAACCAAAACAUCAAAGGCCGGAGCGAAAGCAUGGCGGCAGUGGAUUUGCGGCACAUACUCUUGGAUUUGCUGCCGUCGUUUGAUAUGAAGGAGCGAUGUCGGGAGCUAGGCAUCCAACAUCAUCUGGAGAAGAUUAUUCCUGACCUUUGGGCCAUCAAUGCAGUCAUUCGGGACGCGACGAUGCGGGCGUGGACGCAGCCGGACGUGGAGAUGUGGAUGGCGGAUGCGGGUGCAGCCAUUGCGGACGUCCAAAACCUGCUCGACCGGAUCUUGGAGUGGCCGGGGAGGGCAGCGGCACCGUCGAAUCCCUUGUUGCGCUCCUUCCGAGUGGCUUUUCGUCUUUCUAUUCUGCAGGAGCUCAAGGAGAUGGGGCUCAGGUUGAAGGAGCUCGUCCUUAGGGGGUCUGCCUUGGACCUCCGGAAGGAGAUGAUGGAUGCCAUGGAUCCAUGCGAUGAAGAGUACUCCUAUGUCCUAGGAGAGGAAGUGGUGGGAAGAGAUGAGGCCAGAGAUAAUAUUGUAGAGAUUCUUCAGCAGAAUCAAUCAUCUAGCAACAGUGAGCCCUUCGUCAUUGUCAUCCAUGAUGAAAGGUCGUUGCCAUCAUAUCCAUCCAUGGGGAAGACAACCCUGGCUCGGAUGAUUUACCACCACCCCUGGGUGCGCCAACAUUUCCAUCAUCGAAUCUGGGUGGACGUUUCCUUCGACUUAUCUUGGGAUCAACUAAGCAUCGGGAGAGAAUUUGCAAGGUCUAUCACGGGAGACUCGUGCGACCAUCUGCAAUCGCACCAAGCUAUCUGGCUACUCGUGAAUGAACGGCUCGGCCAAAGAAGAUACUUGCUCAUCUUGAAUGAAGUAUACUAUGAUUAUACGGAAGAGGGGUUGAAAGACAAGUGGGAUCAACUAAAGCACAACCUAUUGCAUGUGGGUGGAAUCGGAAGUACAGUAGUGAUCAUCACCACCAAAUACACUACCGAAUAUACUAGUUGGAGUAUAGAUAUUGCUUCUUAUCGAAAUAUAUUUGGGUGCAAAGAGUAUAUGUUGGCUGGCCUCUCAGAGGAUGCUUGGAUAAAAUUGGUCAUGCGAGACACAUUCAUUGGAUCAGCGCAGGACAAAGAGAACACUUGUACCAUAAAUUUGCUACUUCAAUUUGCGGAGCAACAAUACAAAACAAUUAAGGGCUCUCCCUUACUGGCAAAGACGUUGGGCUCAAUAUUCAGGUACGCUGAGGUAAGUCGAUGGCAAGAAGUAGCAUAUGAUUUGUCUUGUCACUCAGAUGUUUGGCCUCCUUACUCAAAUGUUAGACACCAUCAGCAUUUUAAAUUAAUGAGCCUCCAAAAUCUUUCAACUAAACUUGCACGAUUACGACUCUAUGGCUCAUUGUGCAAUUUAGAUCCAUGUAGCUAUUUAAUGGAAGACUACAUGCAUAUGAUGAUCGCUGAAGACCUUAUGCCACAACAAUCAUUUGAUGCCGAGAAGAUGUAUCGAUUGAUCCGUGAAAUUGAGUUACGAUUUUCAACGUUGGAUUCAGAUUACUAUAUGAGGACAAGGAUCGGUCAAGAUUCAAUAAGAAUCCCGAAACAAUGUUGCCAUCUAUGCUUGCUUGUCGAUUCUGAUGAUUCCUUCACGUUUCCAACCGCCUUAUCAGCAGGGGUCACAAAGAGACUAAGAACUUUGAUUUUGCAAACGGAGGAAGAGAUGGCUGAAAACGAUCAAAAGUGUCAAAUCAAAGAGAUCCCAGCAGCCAUGUUUAUAAAUCUGGUACACUUACGGAUAUUACAUUUAUCACAUUGUAGGAUCCAACAAUUACCUAAUACAAUUGCCAAGUUGGUUAGCCUGAGAUACCUCAACCUUUCCUACACUCAGAUUCAAGCACUUCCUAAAUAUAUCUUCAACCUUCAAAAUUUGAAGAUCUUAAAGUUGACUCAUUGUGAAAACUUUCAGAAAUUAUCCAAAUCGAUCCACAAACUCAAGAAUUUAUUGAUUUUAAAACUAGCUUACUGUCAGAAGCUUCGAAUGCUUCCUGAUUCGAUUACCGCCCUUACAAAUUUACAAGAGUUAGAUGUCGAAGGUUGUCAAUCAUUCAUGAAAUUACCUGAAGGUUUAGUCAGCAUGAAAAAAUUGACAAUGCUAAAUGUGGACAAAUGUGUGUCCUUAACUCAAUUGCCUCAUGGAAUAGAGCAAUUGACUAACCUCCAAAAGUUAACAAUGCAUACUACAACUAAUAGUCUUUCAAGUGUCAUCCUAGAGUUGCAGAGUUUAGUAAAUCUUAAAGAACUUCGUCUGAAAACACUUAAUGGACUAUCAAGCGCGGAGGAUGCUCGAGCCUUAAAGCUCGAGGAUAAAAUAUUGCUCGAGUGUUCGACACUAAGUUGGGAGUGGUGGGAUAUAGAAGUUGCAUUAGUUACUAACAUAGUAUUAUUAGAUGAGCAGGUACUGGAACACCUUCAGCCUAACCUAGCUUUGAAGAAUCUAGAAAUACUUUCUUAUAUGGGGAAGAAACUUCCGAGCUGGAUGGCGUGCAAAAAAGAAAAUCUGUGGCAUUUGACAGAGAUCAAGCUUGUCAAUCUAAAGAAAUGUGAAAGGCUACCACCGCUUGGACAACUACCUAAGCUUGAGACUGUUGAGAUAAGUGGCAUGGAUUCAAUUAGUGCAGUGGAUGAUGCAUUUUACGGUGAUGGUAAUGGUGACACAUUUCCUAGAUUGGAAUCACUCAUUUUCUCAGAAAUGCCUAUGCUGGAGAGAUGGCUCAAGGCAAAAGGUGAAGGUGACAUGUUCCCGAUGCUUCUUAGGUUGAUACUAAUCCAGUGUCCAAAAUUCAAGGAAUUUCAUGUGCGACCAUCAAGCAGGCUUCUUGCAUUAUCACUAUGGUUGAAUAAUGACAAGUUGCUGACCUCUGAAUUUGUAGGUUGGCAGAACCUUAAAUAUGUCACUGCCUUAGAGAUAACUGGGUGUGAAGAGCUGAGGUGCUUACCACAGGGUAUCAAGUAUCUUGAGGACCUUUCUCAUUUGUAUAUUAUCCGAUGCAACAAUUUGAUCUCUUUGCCGGAUUGGUUGGCAGAACUCAAAUCUCUUAAACACCUGAUUGUACGAGAUUGCGCCAUGCUGUCAUUCAUUCCCGAGAGGCUCAAACAAUCGCCCCGUUUUCACAUUUGGAAUGAAGGCUGUCCAAAGUUGCAGCUCUAACCGGCAAAGGAUAUUUGUCCAUCCGUCUUCUUCAUCGAUUUGCAAGUGUGUGUGUGUGUGUUGACCCAAGUGAAGUCAUCCAUCCAUGGGAGGCAAUCC